AAUUUAACCGAAACGAGAAAUGAGACGGAGAGUCCAAAGCUAAGAGGUAGAAAAGCCAUUGAUGAAGGAAGAGAGAAGGAGAAGGGAAGAGGGGAAUUAGUCGUUGCAUGUAAGCUCAGAACUUUUGCUCCACAUGUAACCCUUCUCCUCUCCCCAACUUUCACUCCCCAACCCACCGUCCCUUAACCAUGGUUAACUUCUUCCAUUAUUAUUCCUCAACGCUUCCUUCACAUUUGUCACUCUCCUUUAACCACUCCUCUCCUCUCCUCCCCUCCUCCACUUCUCCCCCCCCUCACCACCUUCCAAAUAUAGCACAUUAUCCGAAUCAUGCCCUUUUUGGACUACCAACCUCCUCCUCCGCCGCCGCCGCCGCCGCCUCCACGCGAUCUCGCCGCCGCUGUUCAGGCUGCUUCUCUCCACCGCAAGAAGCGGAUGUCGAGACACCGCCGCCGAUCUUCCUCUAAUCUCCACUUCUCCUUCCCUUCUUCUUCCGCUGCCCUUCUGCCUCCGCCGCCACGGGUGAUUGAUCCAAGGAGGCUCAAGUUUCUUUUUGAGAAAGAGCUUAAGAACAGUGAUGUUAGCUCUCUAAGAAGAAUGAUACUCCCAAAGAAAGCAGCUGAAACUCACCUCCCAGCUUUGGACUCCAAAGAAGGAAUUAUAAUUACCAUGGAUGACUUGGAUGGGUUGCAUGUUUGGAGCUUUAAAUACAGGUUUUGGCCGAAUAACAAUAGUAGAAUGUACGUACUUGAAAAUACUGUUAUCACAGGGGACUUUGUCAAUGCUCAUGGCUUACAACUAGGAGAUUUCAUCAUGGUUUAUCAAGAUUAUGAAAACCUCAACUAUGUGAUUCAGGCAAAGAAGGCUUCUGAUCAAGAAAUGUAUACCGGCAUAGGAACCAACGUCGUGAUCAAUGGCGAUAUAGUGUUUCAUGACUAUGAUCCUAAUAAAGUGGGUAACUCGAUAUACGUGCCUAGUCCAACGAUGGAUGUGUCAUCGUUCAUCUACGAUACUAGUUCUGCGUUUGACAACGAUUCAACUUUCGACUUUAUGAGUGGAUCAGUGACUAACUACUCGAGAAUGGGAGGUCUCGAAGGGUUUGGAUCGGUCGAGAACUUGUCUCUUGAUGAGUUCUACUAAGAGACGUAGCUAUAUGUAUAGCAAAGAAGCUUUGAGCAUGGUUUCACAACAUGAUCAUCAAAUGUUUAGCUAGAAAAUCCUUUGGAGGGGGAAGGGUUUAGAACUUGAUGUGUUGUACUAACUAUUUUGAUACAACAAUACACUCUUUUACGUUGUUUUGGUGCUAAAAUGUGACCAUGCAAGUUUGUAUAGUAAUAAAAAAAAAAAAUGUGAAGCUUUAA